CGUAGCUUCCAAUUAACCGUUCAGUUCACCUGAAUCGUGCAACCUGCCAGGAUGUGGAAAGCUGCGAUCUUGAUUCUGAGUGUAACAUCGGCCGUUUGGUCGGGAGUUCCCUUAGAGCGACAGAAUCUUCCAUCAACUCCCCGACAGGAGGUGCCUGUUUCCGGUUAUCGGCUUCCAAACAACACUAUUCCACUCCGGUACAACGUAGAACUGACAACGCACGUUCACGACCACCAAAGUCCGAAUCAGUUUGAUUUUAAUGGAAAAGUCACAAUUUGGCUGCGUGUCCUGGAAGAAAAUGUACAGAAUAUUACGCUCCAUUAUCGUCAAAUUACGGUAACCCAUGUGAAGCUUACCGAUGCCACCAAUACAGUACUCGUGAACGAUGACUCCAGCUUCACCACGGAUGUCACCUACGAGUUCCUGGUCAUUCUAGCGCCUUCGAUUUUGAGGAUCGGCGAUUAUUCACUAGAACUUGAAUACCACGGAGAGCUCCGUACCGAUAACGGGGGUUUCUACCGUUCGUCCUACACCGAUGCCAGAGGAAAUACUCGGUGGAUUGCAACGACACAGUUCGAGUCGACGGAUGCCCGACAUGCGUUCCCGUGCUACGACGAACCUGGUACCCGAGCUCCUAUCGGAUUGAAAUUAACGCAUGGAAACGCAUACCAUGCCAUCUCCAAUAUGCCCAUCAAAAGUUCCUUGCCCUGGAAUGCGACCUACACAGUUACCGAAUUUGAGGAUACCUUGGCAAUGCAAACGUAUCUGCUUGCAUUUGUCGUUUCCGACUUUGCGUUCAUCUCGAACACUGAGAACAAACAGUCUGUAUAUGCAAAUCCCGUCUCAAUUAGCAACGGAGAUCUUAAUUUUGCAUUGGAAGCUGGGGUGAAAGUGAUCAACGCUUUGGAGGACUAUCUGCAAGUCAAGUACUCUUUCCCGAAACUGGACCAGAUUGGAAUUCCUGAUUUCGCCGCCGGUGCAAUGGAAAACUGGGGUCUGGUCACAUACCGGGAAGAAGUUCUCAUCUACAACUCUACGAAGUCUCCGAUGGGCCAGCUGAAGCGCACGGCCUCAAUCAUUGCCCACGAAUACGGACAUCAGUUUUUCGGAAAUCUGGUUUCCCCGAAAUGGUGGAGCUAUCUCUGGUUGAACGAAGGAUUCGCCACCCUGAUGCAAUACAUAGCCGCGGACAAGGCGUACCCGGACCUGCGCAUCCAAGACAUGGCUACCGUAGAAGCGCUCCAAAAUGCUUUCCAAUCAGAUGCACUGGAAAAUACCCGCCCCAUGAAUAGCUAUGUCGAAACGCCAACUGCUAUCUCGGCAUUGUUUGAUGAUAUCGCUUACGACAAAUCUGGUUCCGUUUUGAGGCAGCUACAACACGCUUUUGGUGACACGGUUUUCCGCGCUGGACUCAAGUACUAUUUGGACGCCAUGCAGUUCCAACCGGCAACCCCUGCUGACUUAGCUGCUGCAUUGCAGAGAGCUGUAGAUGAUCACCAAGCACUUCCGUCGACCGUCAACGUCUCCGACAUUAUCAAUUCAUGGGCAGACCAGAGUGGCUAUCCGGUACUCCACGUGAGACGAAAUACAGACAACGUUAUAACACUAAGCCAGGAACGAUAUCUCCUGAAGCGCUCCAAAGAUGCCGUCAAGGGUACCUGGUAUCUACCGUACAAUAUGGCUACCUCACAAGCUUCCGAUUUCUCAUCUACUCUUCCCCAUGAUUGGCUUAUCGAUCAGACGGUUGAAUUGCGCCCUUCGGCAGCACUCAACUGGACCAUUGAUGACUGGGUUAUCUUCAACAAGCAACAAACUGGUUAUUAUCGUGUCAACUAUGAUGACAAACUAUGGGAACUGAUAACUCACGAGCUCCAUCACGGCAAUCACAGCUCAAUUCAUCAUCUAAAUCGUGCGCAGCUGAUUGAUGACUCGCUGAAUUUGGCUCGCUCCGGACACCUCAAAUACGACAUCACUCUAAAACUCAUUCAGUACCUCACCAAAGAAGAAGAAUACGUUCCUUGGGCAUCGCUCAACAAUGGCUUAGCGUACCUCAACCGAAUGCUGGCUGGAUCUAGCAAAUACAACCUUUUCAAGAAAUACGUCUGGGAACUGGUCGAACCGUCGUUCCACAAGUUUGGCCUCGAAAACAAACCCAGCGAUACGCAUUUCGCCAAACUAACACGAAAUAUCCUCAUCAAUUGGGCCUGCCAAGUGGGCUCGGAAGAUUGUCUAACCCAAACCAAUUCGCAACUGGCGGAAGUCGUUUCAAACAAAACCAAAGACAUCGAUCCAAACCUGAAGGGCGUCGUGUACUGCAAUGGACUGCGCAACGCCGACCGGAACACAUUCCAGUACGUAUUGGAUCGCAUGCACCGGUCGCAGGAUCCAUCCGAUCGGAUGCUGCUCAUCAGUGCCCUCGGAUGUUCGGAAAACACUGCUCUGUUGGAGAUGUAUUUGGCAACAUCGCUGGAUGAGACUGGCGAUUUUGGCUACCGUGGCCAGGAGCGAUCCCGAGUGUUCAGCGCAGUGUACGUCAACGGAAGGGUUGGCCUAGAGACGGCCAUGAAGUUUUUGGACGCCAAUGCCGCUACCAUCGAUCGGUUGUACAACGGAGGAAGUUUCGGUGGACGGGCCAUCGGUUCAGCCGUAACCGGAAUGGCCAGGCGAGUCGUCAACAAGGAACAGUAUGAUGACUUCCUAGCAAUGAACACCAGACUGGAAUCUGCGGGUUAUUUGAACGCUGGGGAACUGUCAACGGCAAAGGAGCUGUCCGGAGAAAACGUCCAGUGGACGAACACCUACUUCAACGUGAUUGAAAGCUGGUUGGAAGCGAACGUCAAAUCAGGAGCGGUGCGAUUUGGAACCGCCUCCAUGAUGACGGUAACGACUGUAGCGGCAUUGGUCGCAGUUCUGUUAUAGAUUCAGAAUCUGUAGGACGUAGGAUUGUCUGUUUCAGAGACCAGUAUCUCAUUACUAAGAUCGAAUAAAACUAGAUGACGAAUUGUCAGACAAAUAACAUGA